GGAGGGCUCUUGAGCGCGUAAACCGUAUCCCUUCAUUCAUCAGGCCGUUUCCUGAAGCCAUUUCUCGACGGGGGAAACGAGAGUUGCGCUACUUUUUAAUCCAUUGCAUCUGCCUAAAUGCACGUACACGAGGACAAAUAUUUUGCAAAAGUCGAUGAUUCAGACUUUUAUCUUUGCUUCGGUCUGAAUAUUUUUGUAACUAUUGCGGUGGAUUAGCAACCAGAUCGGCUUGAAAGUGUCGAGACAAGAAAAGGGGCUACCCGAGAACAAGAUGAGAAGAGGGAUCUCUUCGGCUCCGGACAAAGUGAUUUUAACAGGCGUUGGGGGCUCACAUCUCGACAAUAAUAUCAUUUUAACAGCGCUCUCGGAUCGAUUAAACCCAGCUCAAGCCAAUGCUACUUAUAUCCAAAUAAUAACUACACCACCGCCUUGCAACGUAACACAGACCUCAAAUGUAUGUUUAUCUGAGCCCUCGAUAAACAACAUUUACACCACUCCACAACAGGCUGCAGCAAAUGGAAGUGGACAUCGACCCGCAUUAGGAAGGCCGCCGGCCAAAAGGCGGCUAGCCCUCGAUGAUUCUGACCACCAGUACCAGUCAGAACCGUCAAGAACUCCAAAAGGUAGAGGAAGUGCUACAUUAGCCAUUGGAGCACAUUUAAAGACGCCAAAAACGCCCAAGUCUCCACCAGAGAGGACGCGGUACGACACCUCUCUGGGACUCUUAACAAAGAAGUUUGUGGACUUGCUCGCCCAGUCUGUUGACGGAGUUUUGGACCUAAACCUUGCUGCAGAAACUUUACAGGUGCAGAAAAGAAGGCUGUAUGACAUCACUAAUGUACUCGAGGGUAUUCACCUCAUCAAGAAGAAAUCAAAAAACAACAUUCAAUGGAUGGGCUGCAGUCUGUUGGAGGUUGAGGGGUCACUGAACCAGAGACAAAGACUGACAGCAGAAGUUUCUGCGCUGGCGGAAGAAGAGCAGAAACUUGAGCAACUCAUUCAGAGAUGCACCCUGGAUGCGAGGCACAUGAGCGAGUCGCCAAGCAACGAGAAAUAUGCGUAUGUGACAUGUGAGGACAUCAAUCAACUGGGAAACCUUCAGGAUCAAACUGUUAUUGUUGUCAAGGCACCCACGGACACGAAACUAGAAGUCCCAGAUCCUGAUGAGAGUCUAUCCAUUCACUUGACCAGCACCAGAGGUCCUAUAGAGGUUCUAUUGUGUCCAGAUGAGAAUGACCACAGUAGUCCGGUGAAAAAUGGGAGCAUGGACAUCAAUGGGAACUCGCCUUUCCUCAAAGUCUUUCAAGAGACCACCAUCCCGACCACGUCUCCUGGCCCCAACACUGCUGUGUCUGUCAAUUCUCUCUCGCCAAUCUCGUCCCAAUUCACCAGUCUUCUCCAGCAAACGGAAGACCAGAUGCCCUCAUCCCUGGGGCCUUUCUUGAACCUGGGGCCUCCCCUUCUGGAGCAAGACGACUAUCUUUUAGGAUUGGGAGACGACCAGGGAAUCAGCGACUUGUUUGACACCUGUGACUUUGAUAAAAUGCCCUCACUUGGCCUGGAUGAUCUCCUGUGUAGCUAGCGCUAGCUGAUCCAGAUUUUUGGUCAAGUGCAUUCGAUUAAGCUUGGAUGGUUGUGACUUUGUAGUAGGUAUAAUCCAAUUCUAAAUACAAGAAACUUAAAAAAAAAAAUAAAAAAGGGCUAUUUCCCCCCUCCAGUCCCCAGGCAGACAAAAUGCCAUGUUUACUCAUGGUGUCACAUGUGAAUUCAGGUGAAGAUGUCCCUUCUCAGGCUCUGGAAGGACUCCAGUGAAUCAUAAAGGUGAUUAGAUAUUUCAAAUGCUUAAAGACAAAUAUCAGUAAAUGUAUUAAGACCUGCAGAAUAGAAGACGCCACUUGACUUAGAAGUUGAGAUAAAUUCAAUGAAAUAGAAUUAAUGACACGAGCCACAAACAAUUUUUUAUCAGCAAAACUUGGAUGUUUAUCUCGAUACUUUUCAAGUACCAAAGACAUUUCUAUGCCUUAAAUGUCUUUUUUGUUUUUAUGACAGCCCUUUAACAGCAGUCGCAUCUGGCCUGCUGUGAACUGAAAUUCAUACAAAAUUUACUUAAUAAAUUUUGAUAACACACAAUGCUUGGGAUUGGAGUCCCAGUCACAGUCGGAUUAAGACUGGGACACAAUGACCACUUCACAUGACACACUAGGUUUUUUCUGCAGACUCGUAUAAAACACAGGUGAAUAGGUUGUGAUGUAGAUUUUAAAAGUUCUAAUUGGUAAAAUUUUGGUCAUACAUUAAAGCAACCACAUUGAAUUUACAAUAUAGCUCAUAAUCUAGAUUAGUUAAAUUUCAAAUUGCAAUGCCUGUAGAUUGUCUCUUCCUGCACCCAUUGGCUCAAUAUACAGUAUUUGAUGAUAAUUUGAUGGUAAAACUAAAAUCAUAAAUGUAACUCUUCUUCAUUGAAUACUGCGUGGCUAAGCAGGGAUUUAGUGGUUUAAGCAAUGCCUCCUGGAAGACAUUUAGAAUGAAAUAGAACACAAUUGUCUUGUCUGGAUCUGAAUCUCGGGAAACCUGCCGCUGCAGGUUAUAUUGCUGCUGUUUUUAACUUUUCCCCCAACCUGAUAGUGUUUGUGCAAUUGUGUAUGUUUACGUUAGAUCUUUGCUCAAGGGUAUGCCAUGUGUAAAUGGAUGGAUUAAUGUUUUUAUUAAAAAAUGGUCCAUGCACAAGGUACCAUGGGCAUCCUCUGGCUAAGUGUAUGACAAUACAGUUGAAAUUGGGCAUGACUAAAUGUCACCGUAGCUUAUUUUGUCAUCGGGAUACCUUGAUAUUAGCAGUAGAGAUCUUGUACAUGUUUGUAAUUUAUGUCACAUCUUUAUAUAAACUCAGUACUUUGAUUGGUAAGGACACAAUUGUUGCAGCGGUCAUUAGUCAUCCCAAAUUGUGUUCAGUCACUCUCCCUCACUGUGAGCUUUUUGAAUGGCCAUUACAAGACAUGACGGUCUCCACUGGACUAUGAUCAGUGACUUCUGUCCACUGCUGAAGUGUCUGGCUGCUUCUGCUUCUGUGACACUGUGUGUCAGUUUUUUACCUUUUGGGACUUUCAUUCAAAAAAAAAAAAAAAUUGAGUUGUCGGUUACCUGUUAUUUCUCACCCCCUGGCUUUUUCGGAUUAGGAAAUAACUGGUAUAUCUAGCAUUAGUACUUCAUAAGACCAUUUACACAUUUCUCAGAUCUUUGUGGGAAAGUAUGGCGGAGUAUUACGGCCACACUGAAGAUAAACACACAAGAGUAGAUUCACAGAAUUGCAAACAAAAAAAGUUCACAAUAUAUUGCAGCACAAACAAAUGACCUGUUUGGUUUCUUCUAUGAAUGUGAUGUGUUUGAAUAUUUUUUUUAAAAACCAGAUUGUUUGAGUAAAAGGUUGCCAAUCACUUGAUAAAAUAAGGUUUAUACAGGUAACAAAAACUUAUUUUUUUUUUUGGUCAGUGUCUUUAUCGUAAAUUCAUCAAUUGUUCAAAUCCUCACGGAGGAGGAUUAGCGCCACUGAAGAAAUAAAAAGGUGGCCAAAAUGGACAAAUUCUGAGAUUAAAGAAGUCUGAAAAAAAACUUUUGGGCACAUUUUUCCUCCUCCAGUGGCCCUAACCCUGUUCUGAAAUUCUGCCCAGUUUGUAAUACUACAACCUUUUCUCCAGGUCAUUGUUUUUCUUUUCAGAGUGGCCUUAAUUUGCCGUUUUGUACACGCUCAAAAUUUCAAAAUCAGGUCAUAAUUGUAUAUCUGCUUUUUUGUGUUUGAAAUCUGGUAAUCGGAAAGACUGCAUUUCCAUGGGUUUCUAAAGGGAAACAAUUUUUGUAGUGAACACUUAUAGCAUUGUUACCACAAGCUGAGAUGAUUUUCACUGUUGUAAAUGCUAUUUGUGCAGAUAGAAAAUAAUAAUGGGGAAAAUUUAAACGGCACUAUCCUUUUCUGGGUCCACCAAAUUUCACAUAAUUCAAACUGAAGUACUUGGUUAAGGUAAAUGUACGAAGAAAAUAUGUCAAAGCUGCCUGUAUCUAUUAAUAAGGAAAAAAAAAAAAGCUAAAAUAUGAAAGUUUGCUUUUUACAAUUUGGGAAAACGGUUCAUGGUGUGAUGUCUAAUGUUAGUGUUUUUCUUUUGAUGUGUGUUUAUAUGUUUAACAUCAGUUCAAUGAGGAAUUGUGGUUGUAAAUGCAUUGGGGGGAGGGUGAAAUGGGAUUUUCUCCUUUUGUACUGUCACACUUUGUAAUUGAAAUUUUGAAUAAAGGAAAUAUAA